AUGCGGCAGAAGCGACCAUGGAUACGCUGGGAACAGCUUGGCAUACGGUACAAGUCGGCCAUGAUCACACUUUGGAAUGGACAUCGUCCGGUGAUCGUGUGCAACGAUGCGUGGUGUAUCUCUGAUCUCUUCGAAAAACGGGCCAACAUCUAUUCUUCCAGACCAAGGAUGGUCAUGAUGGGUGAUUUGACAGAUACCACUAACAACAAUCAAGUCUGCCUGAAGUACAACGAUCAAUGGAGGCUGCAUAGAAGACUUACAGCCGUGAAGGAAUACAGACCUUUCCAAGGUGAUGAGACAAAGGUGCUGAUGGAGGAUCUACUUCGUCGUCCAGACGAUUACGUCGAGUCCAUCGAGCGGUACUCCUGCUCAGUAGCGUCAGUCGUAGCAUGGGGCAGACGUAUCGACAACCUGAAUGACUAUGUCGCAAAGCAAGCUCUCGCCUUCAUGGAAGUUGUCAACGCCGUCAUUCCCGGCCAAUCGAUCAUGGAAGUGAUACCGGCAAUCACCCAGCUGCCAGUGUUCCUCAAUCCCUUGCCAAGAUUGAUUCGGUACCUCGCUCAUAGACAGACCCGUUGGUUCUUUGCCUUGACUACGGAAGCGAAGAACAAAGCAGACGUCGCCAAAUUCUCCGCCAAAGUUUAUGAGGAAUAUACAGCAGGCCGCAUCACCUGGAAGGAAGCUGGCAACUUGACGGCCAAUCUCAUCGGCGGGGGCGUGGACACUACAAGCAGUUCCAUGAUCAGUAUGAUCCUUGCCAUGUGUUGCUUCCCUCGAGCUCAACAGAAGGCGUACGAGGAGAUCGAGCGUGUCGUAGGACCAGAUCGGCUUCCAGACUGGGACGAUGAGCUACCAUACGUUGACGCUCUGGUUGAGGAGGUACUGCGAUGGCGGACAGUGACUAUUCUUGGCGGCAUUCCUCAUGCGCCUAUUCAAGACGACGAGUAUCAAGGCUAUGUGUUCCCAAAAGACACUUGGAUUGUUGGUAAUGUAUGGGCCAUCCAUCGAAAUCCUCGCGACUUUCCAGAUCCCGAUGAGGUUCGUCCUGAACGAUUUUUGGAUGAGAGAAUGCCGUACCCUUCGAAGAAAGGUCACAAUGCCUUCGGAUGGGGGCGAAGACAAUGCAGUGGUCAGCCACUGGCCGAGCAGGGGCUGCGUCUCGUGACAGCGAGGCUGUUGUGGGCUUUCAAGAUCGCUCCUGGUCUCGAUGACAAGGGUGAAGAAGUCAAGCUCGAUUCAUUCCGCGGAACUCUCGAGUACCUGGCAUUAUCGAAGAAGCUGCUAGUAUCGCGCGAGAGAAUCUGGCAAUCUAUGAUGGAGAGACGAAGUUGA